AUGAUUAUAUGCGUACUUUGAAUGAUAAUCAGAGUAUCAGAGGUUAUGUAUAUAGUUAUGUGUUACAAUUGAAUAAAGAAAAAAUUAUAAAAUAAAUCACACAAAGUAUUAUAAAUAAUUAUAAUUUUACAAUGGAGAUUGCUGAGUUAUCUGACGACGCAACAUCGUGCAAUCAGUUUACUGUUGAUGACUUGGAUAUUGAAAUUUUACCAUUGAUAUAUGAAAUAAUUCGAAGUGUAGAAAAAGAUCCUUACGACACAACACAAAAAGCUAAAGAAUCUCAAGACACGAGUCAAAAAAUAUUAGAACUUGAAAAAAAAUUUGAUUCAGUAAGAUCACAGAUAAAACGACUUCCUGGUAUAGAAUACAGUAAAGAAGAGCAAUUGAAAAAAUUAGAAACUUUAAGAAAACAAUUACGACUGAAACGCGAACUUUUGUUCAAGUAUCGUAACAUGUGCUCAUUUGAAAUUCCUAAAAACUAACAGCACUACAUUUUUUAUUUAUAUCAUUUUACUUGACAAUUCAUUAUUAUUAACAACAACAAUAAUAAUAAUAAUAAAUAUGUUGCGU